GCUGUCCGUCACCCGGUGAAAACAGGAGGGGCGGAACGGCUUGGUUGAGUCUCGAUGGCCACUGCGGCGUCUAAAGGGAUAACUUUAAAAUGAUUGAUGCACGCGCGUUAUUUGUUCCGUCAAAUAUAUGUUCAGACAGAAAGGUGGACAGAUAGAGGAUGGUGGAAAUAAGUUGUUUGUUUGCUCAUUAAUACAGCACUUGGCGGGUUAGCAUUGCAUGCUAACGCAUCAGCGGCAUAUCACGAGAAGCACAUCUAAGUAAGCUAAUUAGCCAAGAAGCUAGUUUCUCUUCUCGAUUAUAACUAACUGAACGUUAUUGUGCUUCGCUAGUAAGACAAUCGUGUGAGAAUAAUACAAGCUCUCGUGCUUUCGGGCUCGGUGUGUUGGUUUUUCCGUCGUGGUAGUGUUGUUACGCGUCUUUCAUUUAAAAACUGCAGGGUUUGGAAAUUUGGGCUUGCUGUGGUCUGACGAAGGAGCAUCAAGCUAAGCUAACAAGCAGGAUAGCUGUAACCCGUGUACUGCACGGACCCCGUGGCUUCUGCGCGUGCUCAUCCAGGCUAAAAUCGUAUUAAGGAAAAGUUUAGAGAUGGACACAUGUUUUAGUAAACGGGCUCGUGAUCUCGGGUUAGGCUGGUCAUGCAUGUAGCUAGCAGCUGCUUUCGAUUGUAGACCUCCUUAAACGUGCAGGAAUUGUUAGCCUUCGCUAACUGCCUGAAACCUGCGAGAUGCGCAAAUAAAAGCGUCGCUUUGGCUGCUUUCAACGAUGUAGCUUUAUAAGCAGAGGAACUCUAGGCGGUACUGGACGAAUCCGGACAUUAGUUAGCACCGUGAACCACCGAGCAAUGAUGGCGCAAGAGAAGAUGGAGUUGGACUUGGACAUCACGUCGGCUCUGCUUCAGGGAGACGGACACUUGAGGCGAUCUAACAGCGAGCCGAUGAUAAACGGCUUAAGUGACACCUCUCAGGUUUUCCAGAGAGAAAUACUACGCAGCAGACGGAACAGCACAACUCUUGUUAAUCGACCUAACAUGGUUCCGUCUUCCCCGGUUCGCAUCCCGAGCACCAGGCUUGAAAGAAUCAAACAGGAGGAGGGGGUUGAUGUGAUGAACAGGGAAACGGCUCAUGAACGGGAGGUGCAGGCGGCCAUGCAGAUGAGCCAGUCAUGGGAGGAAAGUCUUAGUCUGAGCGACAAUGACUUUGAGAAGUCUUCAUCAUCAUCCCCGAAGCGCAUUGAUUUUGUGCCUGUCUCUCCAGCUCCAUCUCCCACCAGAGGAAUUGGGAAGAAGCAGUGCUUCUCUCCAUCUCUGCAAAUCUUGGUGAGCAGUAAUGGUCUAACUCCCAGCCCUAUUCCCAGUCCAACACGUCGCUUCAGCAGGAGGAGUCAGAGCCCCAUUAACUGCAUUAGACCCAGCAUUUUGGGCCCGAUUAAACGGAAAGUUUCAGGUGAAAUGGAAGCAGAAAGCCAGCCAAAGAGACUUUUCCAGGGUAUCACCACCAUGUUGUCAACGGAAACUGCCCACCUGCCUGAACACGGCUCAUGUUUAUCCCCUGACCUGCUUGAUGGAAGCCUCAGCAGUGUUGGCUCCUCUUCAGGUUCUCCAGCUAAGAUGGAAGGGGUCUCGCCCUCCUCGAGCAACUCUCCAUUCACCCCCCUCCAGGAUCUUUCACCUAAGUGAUCAAAAUAUUGUAUCAAAUCGCAAGAAAGGUCACAUGAACGAGCCUCUGGAGUUUCUUGUACUUCUGUUCCAUGCCUUCCCAAUUGUGCUUUUGUUCUUGUCUUUGAUUUUUCUGAUGAGGAUUUGCUUUCUCAAUGGGACAGUGUGGGGAAGCUCUGUAAUAAAAGAAGCCAAAGCCCUGCAGGUAAUUUGUAUGGACUGUACCAUUGGGGUAGUCGGCAGGGGUUGAAGACUGUGAAUGCUGUUUGCACCAGCUGCUAUAUAAAGGUGUAAUAUUUUGGGGUGAAGCUCCAUAAUGAAACAAACAGCAUUUCAGUACCCUGAAUGAAUUUUCUUAUAGUUCUAUGAAAUGAGGGGAAUUCUAAUAUAAAAAUAAAGCUCUUAGUGAGCGAAGCGUUCCCUCUUGCAACAGUACCAUUAGGUUGCCUGUGGCCAGGCCUAUUACUAUAGAUCUUUAAUUUACAUGAGCAGAUUGCGAACAGGUAUUGUGUGAAAGAAUUUAACUUAUUUUUGGUUCCAGCCUUUUUUUUUUUUGUUAGUAUGUACAUACAUUGUGAUGGCUAUUAGCUUGUCAUUUGAAUCUGUGUUGGACUGAAUGUGUGCACAGUGCUCAAGCAGUUAACUGACAGUUGGGUGCAAUGGCACUCGCAUACAUUUACAACAGAGUUUGUAUCUGCCUUUGGCCAAGUGUAUAAGGAUCAGCCUUUCAUUAUUCAUGUAGAUGGAAGGAGGCGGCAACACCGUUGACGAGUGCCUAUUUAUCACUCUUGGUGCUUCAUUAAGUUUUUCUAAUGGAGUUAACGGUUGCCGUCGGCUAUUUAGGAAUCAGUGCAAAUGUUGGUUGAAUGCAAUAUUAAUGGGGAUGUGUACCACUAAAUCCAGGAUUUGAACACUACAGCACAUGCAACAGUCUGAGUUGUCAUUUAUCUUAAGGUCUACCACCCUACAACAUGGUUUAGCCUUGUCAGCUUUGGAGAAGUGAACUGCCUUGCUGCAGUGUGUCUUACAAGCCUUUUUAAACACAGUCGCUUCACCCUUAUUCGCUCGUCUUUGAAUAAUCACUGUGUGACAGUACCAACCUUAAACAAAGGAGUUAUGUGUUUAAUGCCUUUUUUUGCAUGGGGUGAACUACUACAGGCCACUGUCAGGAAUUUCAGAGAGAAAUUCCUGAAGCAGUUUAGAUAAAUGGAAGAAUAGCGGUGGCUGACGGAGACAUUUGAACAUGCAAUGGAAAAGAUUAAUGUCUGGAUGACGGUCAUCUACUGAUUCAUGAAAGUAGUGUGCCAUUUAAAGGUCUGUAAAUAAGAAAGAUGUAAAAUUGUACUUGUGUAAGUUGUUCACUUGAGCUUUUGUUAUUUUUAGUAAAUAGUAUUUUUUGUAAAUGGGUUUUAUGAAUUAGUUUCCUUUAAAAAAAAAAAAAAGAAAAAAGAACAAAAAGAAAAGAAAAAGAAAUGGCUUUAUUUCCUCAGAGCAUGAUGCAUCAUAACUGUUUUGUUCUUAUUUGCAAGCAGGAAAAUGAUUGUAAAUUCUGUUUUUCAUGGAAGUGAAAUUAACUGUGUGGUUUAUUGCCCCAUAUUAGAAAUAUGGCAGAAGCAAAACUGCACUCUACAUCCUUUCUCUGAAUGUCUUUCUUUGCAAAGAGGAAAAAAAAAAGCAGUAAGUGGGUCAUGUAGGUCCCCUUACUGUACUGUAUUAACGGUUGAUGUGUUUGUGGUUUGAUUUACCAGUUUGUUUAUUUUUUUUGUCCUGUGGACUGUGUCCUGUCUGAUCUUUUAUUUAAAUUCCUGUCCUCUUCCAAGAGUGUAAACCUUAAGCUUGUGUGUUGAGUGAGUCGAGUGCUUUGCUGAGCUCUGUUCUGAAUGGACAAAGAGAUUUUUUUUUUUGUCCCCUUUAUCCAGUGAUCUUCAGAUUACAAAAUAAAUUAUUUGUCCGGCAA